GCGGGCAGGGCCGAAGAAAGUUAACGUGGCUUCCAGGGGCAGCGCCCUCGCCUCAGUCUUCCUGCGACCGUUGUGCCCGCCACAGAGACUUCCAGCCAGGAUGGGGAUCACCUACGAACCUCUGCAGCCCGAGGUGGCGGAGCGCAUCGACAAUCUGUUCGGCCACAAGAACUGCCUCAUCGAGGUGAACCCGGGCAAGGUGCUGAUGCCUCCGCGCUACGAGGAGAUCGGCGACCGGAUCCGCAUGUCCGAGGUCCGCCCCGACGACGUCUGGGUCGUGUCCUACCCGCGCACAGGAAGCACCUGGGCGCAGGAGAUGGUCUGGUGCAUCGGCAACGACCUGGACUUCGAGCGCGCCAAGAUGGUGCAGCAGUUCCGCACGCCGCUCAUCGAGUGAGUAUUAUUUAUUAUCGUCCGCCUCUGCCGCGGCC